ACAGAACUGCAAUUUCUACCAUGUUUGUGUUUCAAGCAAUUUUGUUCGUAUUUCUGCAAUCGGGAAGAAGCGAAAUGAUUAGGAGAUCGGCGUUUUUUAACACAGAUGAGAACGUCAAACUUGAGUCAAACGAAAUAAUCAGCCGCCAGACUAGCCGAAGUGUCCUAUCUUGCUCGCAAAAAUGUUUAUCGGAACCACUCUGCCUUGUAUUCAAUUACGGCUCUUCUUCAGUGAACCGAGGAAUCUGUGAGUUAUAUAAAACAUCCAGCGAUGGUUUGAAACUAAUCCACGAACCCGGAUGGCUUUGUGGGCAUCUUCACGGACCCAAGAAAGUAUUUAAAGCUCCCGCAGAAUGUAAAACAUGGCGAACCAAAGAUGGAGGUUGCUGUGUGUUUCCAUUCCUUUACCAGGGGGAAAAUCGGCACUCGUGCGUAGUUGACAACUUCGGGCUGUGGUGCUCCACCACGGAUAGCUUUGGUAAUGACAAGACUCGAGGUUUGUGUGAGGAUUUCAAAUUCACCUUCACAACUCUUGGCGCAGUGGGUUCGAAUGGGCCAACAGGCACAUCUGGAUAUAAAGGCACAACAUUGCAAGGGAAGGUUCGGAUUGAAAACGGCAUCCAAUUAUGGACAGUACCCUUAAGCGGAUCUUACGUCAUAGAGGCCUGGGGUGCAUCCGGAGCUGAAGGCCGGUCUGACAAGUUUUCCUCGGACACAAGACCAGGAGGAAAAGGCGCUUGCGUAAAAGGAACUUUCAAUCUCACACGUGGAAAGGAACUCAAAAUUCUCGUUGGACAAACUGGCAGCAAGGGGAAAACUGGUUUACCGUUACCGGGAGGAGGAGGAGGGGGGACGUUUAUCACUUCUUCCGCAGACGUUCCAUUGAUUAUUGCUGGUGGAGGGGGAGGAGGUGUUGCGCAGCCAGGAAAUUUCCAUGAAGGGGAUCCAGGCCAGACCACACGGAAUGGGUCACAGGCAGGAGGCGCUUACGGAUCUGGAGGAAACCUUUACGAAAAGGGCUCCCCGUCAGCCUCAUUUUUAUGUGGAGCGGGAGGCCAUGGAGGGUUUGGGGGAGGUGGUGCAGCAUGGCGUUAUCCCGGGGCAGGGGGUGGGUAUUCAGGCGGGGGCGUUGUGAAGGAUAAAAUAGAAACCAUCGCUGGCGGAGGAGGGUCUUUUAACACGGGUGCUAACCCGAAGAAGGAGGGAGGAUUGGCAGGGGAUGGAAAGGUGACCAUCACACUUCUGGAGGCUGCCGGAUGA